AGUAGAGUAGAAGAAGAGAGACGAGAGACGGAGAGGAACGAUGGCUGAAUUCAGAUGGAUUAAAGCCUCUUUGUGUCUGAUUCUGGUGCUUCAGUUUACAGCAGCAGCAACAGGACAACGUUAUCUCUCCUUCACUGUCAGAGAUGGAGAUGAAGUCACUUUGCCUUGUGACACUGGAACAGUGACUGAACACAAGGACACUGAGGAGGUGACGGUGAACUGCUCUGUUUCUACAUAUUUAUGUGUACACACAGUGAAGUGGCUGAUUGAGGGUCAAGAUGUGGACAAAGACCACAAAGACUUGAUGACAUCACAGUCUUACUGCUCCGCCUCUCUGACGUUUAUGACUUUUCAUUUCUUUAACACAUCGAGGUUUAAUUCAUUGAUCUGUGAAGUGACCUUUGGAGACAAAGUGCAGAAGUUUCCUUUCAGAAAUUCUCCCUCAGGUGAUAAAACAGGUGAAGACACAACAACAACAACAACAACAACUGAAGAUGACACUACUUCAGGCUGGUGGAGGUUCAUCUAUGUGCCGGUUGGAUUAGCAGCUCUCAUAAUAAUAGUUGUGGCCGUCAACAUUUGGGCAAGAAUUAAAGAGAAGAAAACUCCGAGGGAUGAAAUUGCUGUGCGUCAUGAUGAAGAAGAUGAAACGGUGAACUAUGAAAACAGCCGACCUCCUGAUGGAGUUUGACCAACACGUCAAAACGUAUUUCAACAGGCGGAAAUCAUCUGAAAUCGAGGUCCGUCUGAAUAUGUUCCACAGGGGGGAUGAAGCCUUCAUGAGAACCACUAAGAAAUGUGUUGGUGUUCAUUUCUGUGAAUAUCUUUCAGAUGAUAAUCAGUGCUUGUUGUGAAAAGAGUUUUAUUAAUCUGUUUCAGUCCGGUGUCUUUUCCUGCAUGAGUUGUGAACUUGUUUCUGACCUGUUCAGAACACAGCAGCUGGAUUUUAACUUCAUUUAACAGAAAUGAACAUUUAACUCUUAACUUGCUUAAUUUGUCUUCCAGCUGAACAUUUCACAGCUGAUCUUAACAUUUACUGUUUUAUUUGUAAAGCUACAGCAGCUUGAGCUCAGCUUCAUGUCUCUGUGAGCAGAAUAACUCAUUUUAAUCCACUUUCAUUCAGCAUUUACAUAUUUAUGAGGAUGUGUCUGUGUUUCAAUGGGUGUUCAGCCUCAAUGGAGUCAGUUACUGUCUUCUCUCUUUAUUAUAUCUGAUAACAAUAUAACCUGCAAAUAAAGAAAGUUGUAUUCUU